GCCGUCACACCAUUCGUUUUGCAAUUGCAGCUGAGACGGACCCGGGAGACUCUGCUUCCCCUUGCCCGGAAAACUGGAUGCACUACAAGGACAGCUGCUACGGCUAUUUCCCCGAAAAGAAGUGCUGGAAGGAGGCAGAGAAAGAAUGCCAGAGCUGGGAUGGCCACCUGGUCUCCAUCCUGAGCAAGAGGGAAUGCUGCCGAGUCCGGAAGUUCCUGUCCAAAUUCCAACCUGAUGGGGACAUCUGGAUCGGGCUCCACAACCCCAGCAAGUUCCCGGACCGCUCCUUCUGGGAAUGGACGGAUGGCCAGCUCAUGGACCAUACCCAAUGGAGCCCUGGUCAGCCCAACAACUACGGCAACAGCGGAGAGUACUGCGCAGAGAUCUGGCGCUCCUCAGAAUUUAAGAAGUGGAACGACGAAAUCUGCGAACGGAAGAACAGCUUCAUCUGCAAGUUCAGCUUGGAAGAUACCGAAGAGGAGGACUGCCUCUGAGCUGCCCAGAAGUCCUCCAGGUGCCACCUCGGCUUCCCACUACAGAGGCUGGAUGGCCAUCUGUCGGGAGGGCUUGGGUGGUUCCUUCCUGCCUGACAGGAUGGGGCUCGAUGACCUCUGGGAGCCCUUUCCGACUCUCUUCUUCCUUCCUUCCUUCCAUCCUUCCUUUCCAAUAAACUCUUUCUUUAAAGCAAUCCUAAGGCUUCAUCCCAUUGAAUGUUGUCAAGUGUUUGG